ACCCAAUGAAAUGAAAACAAAAACACACAAAACACAAACACGCAAACCAAAAGAGAUCAAACCAAUAAUCAAAAUACUCCUCAUUAUAUCAGAAAAAAAAAAAAAAAUGGGAUCUUCAUCAAAGAACAUCGAACAAGCUCAAGAUUCUUAUCUCGAGUGGAUGAGUUUGCAAUCUCAACGCAUCCCUGAGCUCAAACAACUCUUAGCUCAACGACGAUCUCACGGUGAUGAAGAUAAUGAUAACAAGCUUCGUAAGUUAACGGGAAAAAUCAUCGGUGAUUUCAAAAAUUACGCCGCAAAAAGAGCUGAUCUUGCUCACCGAUGUAGCUCGAACUAUUAUGCACCCACGUGGAACAGUCCUUUAGAGAACGCUCUAAUUUGGAUGGGUGGUUGUCGACCAUCUUCUUUCUUUAGGCUCGUUUAUGCUUUGUGUGGGUCACAAACUGAGAUCCGUGUGACUCAGUUUCUCCGCAACAUCGACGGCUACGAAUCUUCAGGUGGUGGCGGCGGUGCAUCACUUAGCGACUUAAGUGCGGAGCAGCUAGCUAAAAUCAAUGUGUUGCAUGUAAAAAUUAUAGACGAAGAAGAGAAGAUGACCAAGAAAGUCUCAAGCCUACAAGAAGACGCAGCGGAUAUUCCCAUCGCCACUGUGGCUUACGAGAUGGAGAAUGUCGGAGAGCCUAACGUAGUGGUGGAUCAAGCUCUCGACAAGCAAGAAGAAGCUAUGGCUCGUUUAUUGGUCGAGGCCGAUAAUCUAAGGGUUGAUACUUUAGCGAAGAUCCUCGGGAUUCUAUCUCCGGUACAAGGAGCGGAUUUCUUGCUCGCUGGGAAAAAGCUUCAUCUUUCGAUGCAUGAGUGGGGAACUAUGAGAGAUCGUCGCCGUCGUGACUGUAUGGUUGACACCGAAGGUAAUGCCGGAGGAGAGGAAGGAAAGUAGUCGUUAUUAUAUUAGAUAUGAUACUAUAGGUACGUACGUGUCAUAUUUAAAAUUGCAUAAUAACAAGGUUUUCAAUCUUGAUAUUAUAAAGUUAUAUAUUUGGCAUAUAUUCUAGGGAUAUAUAACCCGUAUGUGUGUUACUUUUAUUUUCUGAAGACUUAUGGUAGCAAGGUGCAAUGCGUUAUGUUAGUUUAUAUUAUAAAUAAUUAAGAUUUUGCUUUGUAUAAGAUGGAUCUUUUGUUUUUUAUUAAAUGCAGAAAUAUAGUUUUAUAUAUAAUCUUAUAUAAUAAUUAUUGUUUCGUUAUAAGAUUGUAGUUUGUAAGGAUAAAAAAUAACCUUUUUUUUGGUUAAUGGAUAAGAAAUCAUUUAUAAGUUACAUUUUGAUGUUUUAAAUUUUAUCACUUAUCGAAGAUAUAUUUGAAUUAUUCUAUUUUUUAUAGUUUAUUCACGUCGUGGCAUUUUGCGAAAUACAGUAAUAUUCGAUGCAUGUACAACUGUGAAUAGUGGCCCACGCCCCACGGAGACGACAAAUAAUGAGAGAAAUUGAGAUUUGUGUGUUUACGUGGCAGCAACAUGAUCUCGUCUCGACAAGUCAGCUAGGAGAUUUUUAUCCAAGAUUGCAUUGGAUUUUUAUAUUCUUAGAUUUUUCCAUUAUUAUUUUGUGUGGUAGGGAAUAUUCAUAAAGAAAAUUGUGGAGUAUCUAAAUAAAUUGUUGGAAGCAUCCUUUUUUUUUCAUUGAACGCAUCCUUUUUUUUUAUGGACUUGGCAGAUUUGGUAA